CUCAUUUAUUAAAUAAAAAUGAGUUCAAUUCUUAAGCUUGAUUCCAAGCUCAAUUAUUUAUAUUUAAACUCAAAUUGAUAUAUAAGGGUAAAAUAGUAAUUUUCUUAAUUAAAAAUAGUAAAAAUAUAUGUUAAAAUAUAAAAGCUCAAUUAGAUUCACAAGUUAAUCAAGGUGGUCAUUAAGAUGCUCUAAUUGGGGUUGCUUGAUAAGUCGAGUUGCUGGAGAUUGAGGUCAAUUCGACAAUGACCAAAUUGAAUUCAAGUUUUAUCCAAGCUGAGUCCAAGUAACUUGUUAGUAUUGAUGUAUCAUUUGCACCCUUAAUUCUGAUGACCUUGGUUUAGAUAUUGAUGUUGCUAUCAGUUAUAGGGUCCCGGAUUAGUUUUAAGGAUCUAUCUGAUUUAACCGCAUUUUGAUUCUUAAUACCAACAUAGUAUCCCCCAGUUGAAAAAGGAGGAAAGAAAGUAGACUACAAAACUUUAUGUCAUAUCUUGAACUCUAGACUUAUCACGUGUCUUACAACUUGAAUUGAGGCAAGCUUGAUUUGUGGUGCGGUAGUGAAGAAGACACCACGUCUCAUGUGAUUGACUCAUGUUCUGAUCAGCAUAUUGCAAUUAGUGCCAUUGAUUCAUCACUAAGAUCAGCCACUGCUGAACUAUUUUGUUAUUUUUAUUCUUUGAUACCGUGUCUACCAUUUUACCACUGGUCUUGGGAAUUUGCUAGUUCACUUAGUCACACAUACAUGAUACAUGAUAGACUGGAUCACUGGCCAAUGACCACUUAUUCUUUUAGUUUAUCCGAGUUCUGUUUGCUUCUUGCCUUUUCUCAUUAUUUCUUUAAGCUUUCAGCACAGACACCCAGAUGAGUUUUAGUUGUUAUUAGAUGCUUUCUUAUCAAAUAUGAGAACCCUGAAUUGAUGCUGUUCCUAUUUGCCUAGGGUUUUAGCUUGCAUCGAAGUUUUAUUCAAUUUUGUUUAAGUUCAUUUGUGGUAAAUAGGCAUUCUGCAGAAGAUGAAUAUUUGCAAAUUUUAUAUGAUUAAGAAUCCUAUCAUGGGUGGAUAUCAUUUUCUUUUGUCUGGGUGAUGUGCAAGUCCUCGAGUAGGAUUCUAUCUGUAGGAACUUGUUUGCCUUGCAAUAUGUAAUGAAAUUAGUGAAAUGCAUUUGGCUGCAUUCUGUGUGCCUGAGAUGCCUGUUGCCGGAGAAAGGAAGCCUGGUUACCUUAAUCCCUAUGCCUAAAACCCUUUGAGUAGAUAAUACAUGCAGUUAUGCACUCAAGAAAACACCCGUUAAUAAUUCGGAAAGAUUGUUGUUCUAACUAAUCCACUUCCAUAGCUAUUUUUAAAUUGUUAAUUAAAGAACAUGACCCUGAAACAAUCGCCAACUUCUAUCUAUGGUGACUAGCUGGUUAAGCCAUAAUUUUUUAUAAAGACUGUGUUGGACGUGAAAUUGAAGUGUGAAUUUCCUUCAUCCACCACUCAAAACCUAACUGCAUGCCCCCAAAAAAACCACAAUAGAUGUAAUUGUUUCCGGUUUGACCCGUCUAAGCUGCAUUUCUAAAUCUUCUUUCCUAGCCUACAUAUUUUCUCGUGUCAAAACAUCUUUCUCAGGUUAAUCUCUAAGUACUUGAAGCACGAUCUAUACUCUAUCACCGAUUAUACGUACUAGGAGUUUGUUUCAUAUCCAACGUUUAACUCAAAUAUUUUGCUCUGUAUGUAGGCAAGCGUCCGCCCACUUGCCAAAUCCCAAAACAGCACCCCAAAUGGUUACAAGAAAGCAACUGAUUAGCCAUAAUUACGCUGUCCUCUUUGACACACUCAAAUUGCACCUCACCAGAAAAACACCAAGCCCCAUCACAACAACCCACCCAGCCUAGGUUUGACUCAACAUGAAACAUAGCCACGCCAGCUGUAACAUAGAUAAGGGACAGGUUUAGUUGCCAAAGAAAACCCUUGUCCCUAAGCAGCCAAUGCUUUUGGCGCACAGGUCGAACAUCAAUGCUUUUGGUGAAUAGGUCGAAAUUAAGCAGCCAUCCCUUUCUCUGUAGUGCAAUACUUAGGCCUCCCUUUCAUCACAUCGGCAGCGUGACUCACCUCUCUCAAAUAAAUAUGGUAUUAAGUGCUAGAAUUAUGUAUACUCCCCACCUUUGGCUUAGUUGAAUACUUUCUUCUCAUUUUUUUUGUACACUCAAGACAAUCAAAAACGUCGACUUCCAAUCAAAUUAUUCGAGUUUGUCCACCAUCUCCACCGUCCAUUUUUCCGACCAUGACGCCAUCCGCAAUCCGCAUGGGAAGUCUAGCUGGACAAUUUGUCCUUUUCCCUUCAAUACUACGUAUUAAUACGCUCAUCAUUGCUUUAUAUUUUACUUAUAUGCUUGAAAGUACCCCCACUAUAUAUAAAUUGCAACACUUGAAGACCAAAUUAUUGUUCUAAAAACAUGGAUGAAUGUCAAAAUUCAGACACCAACUCACUUGGUUUCUGCCUUCUUCCCUCGGAGCUCAUACAAAACAUUCUCUUCUCCCUAGCUUUGCCCGAAAUUAUUCGCAUGAAAUUAGUCAACAAGUUUCUUGCUUAUGUUAUAUCCGACCAAAAUUUUAUCCGGGAGUGCAACCUACGAUCAAGGUCAGCCACUUGGUUGUUUGUCUACAAGAAACGUUGGCGUCAGGACGCGGCAAUUCAUGGUUUCUCCGAUCAAUCCAACCGUUGGUUCAAGAUUUCGAUUGGUGAUUUGAUGAAACAAGUGGUUUUUUAUCCGGGUGAAGAUAUUUAUUUAUUAACAGCGAGUGGGAAUGUUUUUUUAUUUGCUUCCAAUACUCAAAAGGCAGUUAUUGCCGUUAAUUUGGUUAGUAAGGCAGUUAAAAAGAUCCCUCCAUGUCCACUGGGUCCACGUGGGACUUCCUCGUGGAGGAGAUCAGGGAUGAAGUUGGUACCAGAAUCAUCCGGUUCGGGUCAUUUCCGGUUUAUGUUUGUUGAGUUAGUGGAGAACCGUCCGGUUCUGUUUGAGUACAAUUCAGAGAUUGAAAAGUGGCAGUCCACUGAAGCAAGAGAGAUUUGUGGAAACUUUCCAGGGAAAGAUUGUAUGUUUCUCAAUGCACUUAAUGGACCUUAUGAAAGCUUGGUGAUUGCCGUUGGAUCUGAAUUCGACUCACCAAUGAUUCUACGGCCAAGAUUAGGAAACGGAGGGCAGCAAUCAUCCACUGCAUUCAGCUGGGUGAACACCAAUGAUCGGAGACAUGUGUACGGUGAUGGACACAUGAUGGUCAUAAGAUCGAGGGCCGUUGACAACAUGGAUAAGAGGGUGAAGAUGGUAAGUAGCAUAGAAAUGUGGGAGAUAAGCCUAAAUAGUGGGAAUUGGGAGUUUGUUUCAAAUGUUCCAAGUGACACGAUGAAGCAAAUAGGGAAGCCGUAUGGGGUCAUGAUAGGGUGCUUAGAGGCAAGAGAUGGGGUAAUUAGGGCGGUUUUGAUGUCAAAUUUUGAGGGUUUAUGGGACAUUAUUUGGCUGACGUAUGACAAAGAGAGGUGUCUUUGGACUUGGGUGGCAUUGCCUGAUUGCAAGAUGAAGGGCUCUAACCUGGCUGGAAUCACAUUCUCCUCAGGCCUUUCCUUGACAGGAUCUACUUGUAGGAAAUAGACGGCUGCUAGAUUAAGAGCAUCCAAGAGGAUCGAUGCUCCAGGGUUGCACUCUUUUUUUUUUUUUUUUUUGCCCUUUUGUCCAGUUUGGUUUUAUACGAAGAUUAGUAGUACUAGCACUGGUUUUGUAAGAUUUUAAUGAUGGCUUUGCUAGAAAAAAAAAGUUCCUGACUUUGAGGAAACUUUUCUUGUAGAUUUUUAACACAAUAAUUACGG